AUGACAACAGAGGUCUGCAGCAGCGACUUUGGCGUGGUUCUGCAAGAUGAUGUUCACCGUGAUACACGCGUCCAGGUUCCGGUCAGCAACAUUGAUGCAAAAAAUUACCUGACCAACACAAUUGAUUGGAAGGCUUCUGCUGGCCUAUGGGUCGCCGGUGUGCUAGGGGAACUGGGGAUCCAGGGGAGGAUGUACAUAUCCCCUACUAAUAGUUGUGCCUAUGUUGUCCAUGGUGUCACUAGCAUCGCAACCAACAACAGGGUUGCCGGAGGAUGGAAGAUUGUAUCUACCGGUGGAUUAGGGUUUGCGCUGCCGGUUCUUUUGUCCCUCCAGAGCAUCUUCGGCGUCAGCGUCGGCUUCGGUGGUGGCGCGGGUGUCGGAACUGCUUUUGUGAGGUAUAUAUCUUACUCCUACCUUGAGAAAUCGGGUUGGAGUUCUUCUGCUGGUGUCGCUUUGCUGCUUGGUGAUUCGGAGUCGCCAGCAGUUCUUGGGGUGCCAGAUCUCCUUCGUCUCGGCGAUGGAAUUGGACGUUCAAUGAUUCAAGCAUACAUCGAUUUCUUCGGUGUGCCACUUGCUGCUAAGGAUGGUUUCAAAAAACUAGAUGUGGCUUCUUCUGAAGCUUCUUCGUCGAGCUGGAGUUCAGCUUCAAGUCGCAAGUUCCGCGUUCCUUUCUUUCAGGGAGAGAGUGGCGGGCGGCGGCUCCGGUCACCAGCAGCGAGGAUCACCGGGGAUAUGUUACAAGGACUUGUUUGUAAUUGUUUUUCUUUUAGGUUUGUUCUUGUAACUUCUGAAUGUAAACUCAUUCGUGGAGGAUAA